AUAAAGCGAAGAGCAAGAAGAAGCAAACAAGGUUUUCGUCGAACCUCAGUGAUCAGAGGAGGAAAAAGCUUAUUGAAAAUAUAUUCCGUAUCGCAAUAGUCAGAAGCGCGUUCAGUUUGGAUGUGAUUUUUAGUUAUUCUCUUGAAGCAGGAAAAUAAGCUGCUAUUGGUGCUUAUUCUAGGCCGAAAAGUGUGGAAAAGUGUAGCGUGUGAAGCUAGUUCCCGAAAUAAGAAGAAAAGUGGUACUUUUGGGUUGAAUUUUCAAACGUAAAGCAGAAAUUUGCUUUGAAACCAAAGCCAGUCAGAGGCAGUUUUGGGCAAAUAGGCAGAUCGUUAGCAUUUUCUCGUAUUGUGGCUGGCUUCUGGAUUGCCUUGAAGGGUCUGGCUGACGAGAAUUUUCCUGUUUCCCAACGUAAAUAUACUUUGUAACAACGUCAGUGCCGAAAGGACGAUCAAGUUUUCCACUGGUGUAAAAAUUAGUUUGGUUAAGUGUUGAGACGUCGCGCAGAAAAGAAUUAGAAUUCCCUCCCACAGCUCGGCAUAGUUGGCCAUGGCCCGUUUCGUUUUAUCAUUCGGAAAAAUCGUAUGUUGUCAUCAGAGGCCAAGAAUUCGAAAAAUAAGUUUAAGUUGAGAACUAAUAAAGUACACAGAGGGAGAAUUUAGUCCAGCAGACAAUUUUAGCAGUUUAGCAGUAGCGUAUUUUGUGUGCACAGUGAGGUAGAGGAGGGAAGGGAGCGAACAUUUUGAUUCUGUGGCUGGCGUCGUGGCUUCGAAACCUUGACUAUUCGUGAGUGAAAAUUGACUGAAGAUCCGAGCGGUCGCUCCCCCCUGAAAUGAGCACACCGGAAGGCGAUAAAGCUGGUUCCGGAGGAGGUACAAAAAUGCAGGGCACGGGUGCAUCAGUGGUAGGAUCACUGUCCGGAUCCGGUAGUGGGGGUGGCAGUGGCGGAAUAGGUGCUACCAUUGGGACCGGAUCGGGAACAGGUGCCACGGCAUAUCCCAUCGAUUUGGCAUCGGCUUCCAAAGUUUUGGUUCGACCAACUGAGAAAACAAAUAUGCCAACAACUUACAGAAUCGGAAAUUCGGCCGGCAAUCAGAUGCGUGUGGUGAUUCCGAGCAAUGCCGCUCCGCAGACGUUUUACAGACAAGCGAUCAAUUUGAAACAAGAUACAACCAACCGCACCCAGAUAACGGCCCUACCCGCACGAACGGUAACCCAGACAUCCAUCACCGUGUCUCGGCCACAGACCCCCACAACUUACCAUGUACCGGCGCGUGUGCCAGCCACUGUGGCGAGCAUUCAGGGCCCUCGGGCGACCAUUACGGCCCCGAUAAGGAUUCCUACACCACCCAUCAGUGUAGCCAAUCUUAACACCUACGUCCGGCAGUCGGUUCCAUCGCGAACAUCCUCCCCUUCGACUACCAUUAUUUCCCAAGGGACAACCAAUUGGAUGCCAAACGUGCAGGUUCAGGUUCCGACCCAGCUGAUACGGGCCAACAGUUUAACGCAAGCUCCUCGGGCCCGAGUUGUCGCCCAAACUAUCCCGGCAAAUCAGACGUCUAACAACGUGAACAAUGCCACCAUCACGGCCAACGUGGUUGCCCAUCAGGCAUCGACACCAACGAAUCAGCAGAAUGUGUCCAUCGGAGGUGCGAAUCAAUCGCAAGCAUUUGUAGCUACACUUGCGACGGCAGUUUUGCCACCUCAAAGGCAACUAACGUCGACACUGGUUUAUACCAACAACAAUUCCCAGCAGCCAUAUGCAACCGGAACGAAUCCCCAGCGGUUAACGUUAGCCACUACACUUUCUCCUCAACGACCCACUGGUGUUCGGCCUAUCCAACGCCUUCCGACAUCGAAUCUCGGAGUACGUGUUACGGCGGGUGGUAUCAGCAUUCGUACUCCUAGUAUCCCGGUGCUUGCUCCCACUACGGUUCUAACUACAAUUGCGCCCGGUACAGCAGGGAGCCAGGGUCGGACAGGAACAGGUUCAACCGCAAACAUCUCCAACACAAUCCCAGCUCGGAUCAUCCAGGUUCAGAACCCUCAGAGUGGUCAAGUCAUAAGCGGAGGACGUCUUCCAACCAAUCUGGUAAACAUCCAACCACUGAUUGUGAGCAACAAUCGUUUCCCUCACAGCAAUAUACAGCCGAGCCUAACGAUAGCCCAAGUUGGCAAACUUACGCCGGUGGCUGCCUCACCGGUAUCGAACAUUUCGAACACCUCGUCCAACAACCAGGAUACCGCUUGCGGUACGACAACGCUGCAAACAGCCUCUGGACAGCAAAUCGUCGUGAGUUCGAGUCAAGUCAGUGGAGCGCUCAAUUCCAGUGGCGGAUCCGGUUCAACGGCGACCAUUAUAACCGGUAAUUUGAUAUCCAACCAAUCCGGUGGUGGUGGAACACAAUCUCAAGGUCAAAUCACGCAAAUUGUGAACGUGAAUCCCGGUUCGGUGGGAUCGGGGCUAUCCGGUCAAACGCCACAGAUCGUCACCGUGAGUCAGGGUCAAGUUAUCAGCACCCAGCAGGCCAUUUCCGUUUCCAAUUCUGGUGGCGCGGGUUCAACGACGGUUAUUCCUAUCCCACUUGCAAUCACCGGGAGAAAUGCCAGCAUACCGGUAUCGGUGGCGACACUAUCCGCGAACCAGAAUCCAAUAAAUAUUGUAACUGGAGGAAGUACCAUCACGGGAAUUGUGCGGACAACAACGAGUGGGGCAGGUGCCAUGUCCACAUCGGCGAUGCCAUCGAUUUUACCAAUUGCGAAAGUUACACCCCAACAGUUGAGUGGGUUAAGCACAAUCGACAGUUCCCUCAUCAGCUCGGCUUCGUAUUCCGUUGCUGGAACAGGGGCAUCUCUAUACAUUCAAACCAGACCCCAGCAACCGAGUACAAUCGUGACGACCGUUGCAAGCUCCGGGAAAUCCAGUACACUGAAUGUAGUGUCUGGAAACGCUUCCGGAACGAUUGGCAAUACGGGUACAACAUUCCUCCCGACUUCCACAUUUUAUUACGAGCGUGUGACACCUUCCCCUGCAUCUUCUUCGCAGUCCGCUACGACUUCGGCUCCUGGUGGUGCUAUUGGACUGAUUCAGAGUGUAUCGGCGCUAACUUCCACCACAAUCACUACAACGAGCUCUCUCAGUGGACCCGUGUUCUCAAUCUCUUCAAGCGCUCUGAACAGUGCAACGAUAUCGACGGGUAGCUCAGGAACAGUCACAGGACCGAUCGUGGCGGGCUUAUCCAGCAGUCAGCUAAGUUCGGCCAACGUUAUAACAACAACCGUUUCUUCAUUGCCAUAUGCACCGGCGGCUGGCUCAUUCGCCAUUGUACAAACUUCCGGACGGAAUAUUUCCGGUCCCAUCCAUGGAAUUGUAUCAUCAUCGAGUGCUGUUGGCACUGCGCAUUCCGUUCAAUGCCAGCAGCAGUCGCAUCCCCAACAACAGCAGCAGACCAAUCAACUGCAACAAUCCAGCACACAGAUUCAAUCUGUACCGGUUCGGUUCCACCCGCAACUGCUCGUGGACGGAGGUCAGACCCAGCAAAUCAUUAUGACCGGGGCAUCCGCUUUGGGCACCGGUCAGCAGUCUCAGUCUGCUCAUAUGCUAAUACCAGUCAAUCCAGCGGGUAAACUCGAAUCACCCCAAUCCAGCAUCCUUCGCAAGCGUGGUUUGGAGGGGUCUCCAAUCAAAAUGGGCAAAGAUCUCACCCAAACGUUGAUUGCAAUGGGCAAAGAGCGCGCCCGUGAAAUCGAGCAGCAUCGAGAACAGCGGGAAAGGGAACGGGAGCUAUCACCCCCGCCAUCUCGACCACCGUCCACCGAUGGAUCGACGACGGUUAGUGCCACGUCCAGUCCCGGAAUCGAUCAGCAGGAACAUGAGGAAAUAAAAGCAAUGGCUUUCGCGAAUCGGAACGCUAACAGUGACCUACCCUUCAAGCCGGUUAUUGAGGAAAUUUUCCAUCGCAACCAGCCGAAUCAAUUAGCGAGCGAACCAACUCCACCACCGCCACCCCUACAGGGACUAUCCACCGCUUUCCACAAUUCUUCAGCCUCUCAGCACCAAAAUUCCACCGCGGCGACCAGCAACAACGGAAACUACGAGCAAUCGCCCCGGAAGAAACCCCGCAAGCAAAACGUUGCCGAAGGACUCAAAUCGGUGGCGAAUAGUUUGCAGUUCUACGCAAACAACGAACUGGACAACAGUUAUCGGAUGGAUAUAUCCGGUCCCCCAAGCCAAGCAGCGCUCGAUGGGGACUACGUGCCGCCUCUACCGCCACAACAACAGCAACAGCAACCCCAGCAGCCACAGCAUUCGAAGCAUCGGAACAGUAGCAACGCGGCGGCAUCGGUGAUUAAUAAUAACAGCAUUGCCAAUAACGUUGCAGUGGCGACCAACAGUGUUAAAGUGGACGGUGGAGGUGCCCAGAGCUCGGCGAGCUGCGGAAAGGAUGGAGCUGCCACACCGAAAGAUGUUGCGCUGGUGCGGAAGGCCCGGAAUGCUAGUUUACUGGAGACAUACAAGCAGAGCUGGAAGGCAGCGAACAAUCACUUCCAUCGCUACACUGAUGUCAAGCAACGCGAGGAGCGGCGUCCGACAAUUGUAGAUAUCGCCAAUCAGUCACACGUGCUCCAGAAAGUCAACGGUUGGAAAAUCUAUCAUCUCAGUGCGCAGAUUGAAGAUUUGUGCGAAUUAGAAUCUCAAGCAUACGACAAACUGGAUCAAAUGCUAAAAACCAUGGAAGCAACACCGAAGCCCUCGGCUGAAAUUGAACGCAUCAAUGAGCUGCUGAAGGGUAACAUGCAGCGCAGCAAGAUUAUCAUCGAUGGCAUCAACGAGGCGCGGACGCAAAUCAUGAAGAUUUUCGACCACAAAACCCACGUCUCGGACAUCAUUCAGCGAUGUGCUUCGAAACGGAACUUCAAGAAGCGGGAGAAAACAUAAGAAAGGAGGGUUGCCGUUGCUCUCGAGGAGCAGUGAAAAAAAUCCGUACUUGUACAUACUUUUCCUUUACACGUUCUACGUUCGCUUGGUGUUAUUCCCUAGGCUUCCCUGGUGUAGAAAUAAUAAUUGUGAGAAAGUAAUUUUUAACACGUAACAAAUCGGAUAGUCCGUCGGAUUUAAUUGUAAGAUAAGAGGUUAAAGCUGCAUCAGAUGUAGUGUUAUAGUUGAAGGAAAACUAGAAACAUUUCCUGCGUUGAUUCCGACUGUUUACAAAAACAAAUUGUGGUGUUUGAUAGAGAGAACAGUCGGCGUCCAAAGUAGCUGGUGUAAAUUCUCCCUGAUAUAGGUACAGAUUCACCGAUUUGUAAAGUAGAAAUACGAAAUCCAAUUAGCAGAAGAAGUAUCAGAGUAUCAGAGUAUCAGAGCGGAUGUGAGCAAUACCCCCUUCGAUUAUCGAUUUCAUUUGCUAGGAAACUAAAAUGUGACAAUUUUCGACUUGAAGCAAUUAAGUGUUAGCCCUUACAGAGUUUUUACUAGUAUUAAGUGCAAUAACAAGUUUUAUUGGUAGUUGGAAGAAGUAUGAAGAAAAACUUAAGAAAACCGAAAAAAGUAAGCCCUGCUGUGAAAGUCGAAAAUUUGAUCAACAAGCUUCUCUGUUCUUGUAUAGUAACAAGGCAGCGCGUGAUGUCGCUACCGGGAAGAAUAUUUUUUGCUAUUCGUUUUUUUAAUAAUAAUGUACAGAUUUUAUACUUAUACAAGGUGCGUUCCAAAAUAAUUGAGAAUUUUCCACGAUUGCACAUUCUAGUGACAUUCUCGAUUGGUUGCCGAUCGAACGGGAAGCUAUAUUUAUCCCAAUUCUACUUUUCGAUCUACUUGAUAAAAUUCCAUUUUGUAUUCCGUUUGAGUUGUUUUUGCAUUUCGAAAUUUAAACUCGAACGAAAUAACGGUUUCGAAGGAAAUACCAAUCCGGCGGAAUGCAGAAUCGGGGUGUACAUAGUCCCUUGAUUUAUAGGGUAGAAGUAAACAUUAUAACCACAAUCCUUUAUCGUAUCUAGAGUAUGCGAUUUUGCGAAAAUCUCGUGCGUACUUUGGAACGCACCUUGACCUGUAAUAUGGUGUCAUAAAUGGUUGAAUCAUUAGCAACUAAGCAACAGAGUAAUUGAAUUUCAAAGUUUGAUUAUGUUAUUUCGUUGAGCGUUUUCAUUUCUUGGUAAAUGAUCUGGAAGAGAUUUAUUUUGUGCGAUCUUUAGCAACUGUAGCAUGUAAGCGAGUAAAUCAUUAUUUUGGAGGAUACUAUGAGAUAGAAGUGUAGAAUCAAAUUGGAACAUCGGAAAGUUGGUUCGUGGCAAUCAACGAAGUGACCAUACAUAUAUGACUGAAAGAACAUUCAGUAAUGCGGGAGAACAGCGGAAAUAUUUCAAUUUGAUAACGAAGCGAAUAUUGUGUGUUACUGAGUAGCAGUUAUUUAAAAAAAUCACAAUGAUUAUAA